AUCGCGAAGGCGACUGGUCACACUGACGGCCACAUCAAAAUCUGGGGGUCUGGCGUGUGACCCUGUUAAUUCUAUCUUGCAAUAAAAUAGCUGUGUAAUCUAAGAUAAGCCUUGCGCCAUUAAAAUAGUGAUAUAGUGAAAAUUCUAGUGUAAUUUAUGUGGAUAAUAUGGAACGUGCUACGGGAACAGAAGUAUACGGGUGUGGCUCGCCUCAAACCUCGGACAUAACGCUGAAUAUACAAACGACGACGGGUGGUAACUUCUCAAUCAGUUUGAACGACAAAAAUACAGUGGAUCACCUCAAGAAACUGGUUUCGAAGAAACUCAGAGUCGCAAAAGAUCGAAUAUGCCUCCUGCAUCGCGAAAGGCAACUGACGGACGGGACCCUCGAGGAGAACGGGGUUCUGGACGGCUCGCGGAUCAUACUGCUGCCGAGCGUCGAGACGGGCCUCCUGAGUCAAAGACCUGAAAAUUCUGUGAUGCAGGCAUUAGAAUCCCUGAAUGACACGCAAGUCAAUGAUUUCUUGAGUGGGAAAUCACCAUUAAAUCUGACCAUGCGGUUGGGAGACCACAUGAUGUUGAUUCAGUUGCAGCUGUCCACACUUAACUCUAGUUCCUCAAAUUCUGCCCGCCCUCUGCGGCCCAAAUUUCCGGUCCCGAUUGCCCGCCCCAAAUGUGAACCCAGGGAAACACCCAGCCCUCAGAGUACACCUCAGAAACCCAGCAGUAGCAACGAGUCCACAGAAGAAAGUGACAAGCCCAAACGCAUAACCAUUAUACAAAAACAGGAUCUAGAAAUGUUACAGAAUUUUUUGUACAGAUCCAUGGCUGAUAAUGUAGAUAAAGCUGAAUCUUCUGAUGACAAAGAUGAAUCAAUGGACACCACAAAUGGCACCCUGUCAGAUAUUUCUAGUACAUCCAUAGAUAAUGAACAGUCCCCAAUAAAGUCUUUAUCUAAUUUGGUGUCUAGUCCUAUCGAUGCAUCUACCUCUGAGAGCAAAGCUGAUGCUGCUCUUGUGAACUCUGUAAAAAGUAAUUUGAUAGAUUUGUUAUCUCAAAGUAAGUUAAAUAGUGAAGUGAUUCCUUCAACAAGUGCCAUCAGUGACCAGCCAUGCCCUUCCACGUCUUCUUUGACCCAGGACAGUUCAGCUAGUGAUGACAGCGACAAUUUUGCUGACCAGAGUUCAUUCCUUGCCGAGAGCACCAUAGAUGAGUACCCAAUGGAAAAUCUGUUCAACAGUGCGAUUGACAAAGGAUUAUUUGAGGAACAAGAUGAGUCUAUGAUGGACAGGGAGAUAUCAAACCUGGCUACAACAAGUCACGGGGCCCAAGAGACUACAGCUGGCACACUCCCCUCUUUCCAAAGCAUAAAUGAGCCUUUAAAAAAUAAACGCUUCCAAUAUUUACUUCACAAAACAUCCAAGUUCAAGCACCCUAUUGGGCAGAAUAAACAAAAAGCAUUUAUGCAGUCUGUGGUGAACAAACACAAAAAAAGGAUGCAGAUAAAGCAGGACAGCAAUCUAGCACAGCCCUCCACAUCUCGGACAGAUCCGUACAUAACAAAUUCAAGAAAGUUGAUUCUUCAGCCGAGCAGUGGGCAGGCAGCGGACGAUGCUACUCCAUCUACCUCAAAACAGCAGGUUCCUUUCAAGGCACCCGAUGCUCCAAAGAAGCCACAGAGAGCGUCGCCAACACCGCUUGUUGAUACAAAAGCCUUAAUAGAGGCGUCAAAGAACUUGACACAGAAGUUGAAGAAAUUGUCAAAGGAAGUGUUGACAAACAAAAUUGAUCUCAGAAGUGCUGAGGAGGUUGUUCGCCAGAAAAUAGGCCCUGGGGCUGUGAUAGAGUCCAUGAAGCACCAUGGCAAAGGAAUAUAUUCAGGGACGUUUUCGGGCACAUUAAAUCCAGCACUGCAAGACAGAUAUGGGCGACCAAAGAGGGACAUCUCCACUAUUAUUCACAUACUGAACGACUUACUAUGUGCCACACCGCCUCUUGCUUUGGCGCAGAAGGAACAGAAGCACUCGUGCGCGAGCACGUCGAGCGCGGCCGAGCAGCCGCGCGCGUGCGGCGCGUGCGCGUGCGCCGACUCCUGCCACAAGUGCGACAGCGCGAAGGCGCUCGCGCUCGACAACUCCAAGACGAAGGGCAAGCUGGAGCAGCUGCGCCUCGUCAUGCAGCAGAAGAAGCAGCGCCGCGAGGCUCGCAAGCUGGGCCGGCCAUACGCGCCGCCGCCGCCGCCCAAGCCCGAGCGCGAUGAAAUCGACACGCUCGCCUAACGCGGCCCGUACGAGGCCCGGCCGCCGCGGAUCAACAGUGCGUGGUCGACCGACGCCGACGAGAUCGGCCCGCCCGAGGCCCGGCCGCCGCGGAUCAACAUUGCUUGGUCGACCGACGCCGACGAGAUCGACACGCUCGCCUAACGCGGCCCGUACGAGGCCCGGCCGUCGCGGGUGCACAGUGCGCGACCGACCGAGCGCGACGAGAUCGACACGCUCGCCUAACGCGGCCCGCCCGAGGCCCGGCCGUCGCGGAUCAACAUUGCGUGGUCGACCGACGCCGACGAGAUCGGCCCGCCCGAGGCCCGGCCGCCGCGGAUCAACAUUGCGUGGUCGACCGACGCCGACGAGAUCGGCCCGCCCGAGGCCCGGCCGCCGCGGAUCAACAUUGCGUGGUCGACCGACGCCGACGAGAUCGGCCCGCCCGAGGCCCGGCCGCCGCGGAUCAACAUUGCGUGGUCGACCGACGCCGACGAGAUCGGCCCGCCCGAGGCCCGGCCGCCGCGGAUCAACAUUGCGUGGUCGACCGACGCCGACGAGAUCGGCCCGCCCGAGGCCCGGCCGCCGCGGAUCAACAGUGCGUGGUCGACCGAGCGCGACCAGAUCGACACGCUCGCCUAACGCGGCCCGCCCAAGGCCCGGCCGCCGCGUCUGUGGGUCUAGACAAAGUGCAAAUUGUAAUCGCAAACCAGUCGAAAAGUGGUCGAAAAGCCCCUUUUUUGUAUGGAGUUUUGACGGAUUCGAUUUUCGAUUCGAUCAAAAAGUGCGUUUUGUCUAGGGGGGCUGGACAGUGCGCGCUCGACCGACGCCGACGAGAUCGACACGCUCGCCUAAAGGUUCGGCCGAACCAACGCGAUUAUCCGGCGUGCAGCGAUGG